GGUGGAAUGCAUUGGGCAGAAAAAUAUGGCAAUGUAUAUAGGUGCUAUGGAUUAUUCAAUGAACCAAGGGUUUAUAUUCUUGAUGAAAAAAAUCUUCAAAAAGUACUUGUUAAUGAUGCAUAUACUAAAUUUGGUAGAGCAAAGAAACUUGUAGAAUUUUUAAAGAAGAUUAUUGGAGAUGGUAUUUUGAUGGUAGAUGGUGAUGUACACAAGAAACAACGUAAAUUAAUGAAUCCAUUGUUCAGUGAUUAUAGUGUUAGAGAUAUGAUUCCAACAUUUACAAGGGUUUCUAAUACAUUGAAAGAUCUAUGGAAAGAUGAAAUAAAGAAUAGUCAAAAU